AGUCGACGGAGUAGUGAACCAGUUAGUUUUGUGAAAGUCACCGCCUGCUGCGGACCGUGUGUGCAGCCCGCGGCGAACGCGGCGUGGCGGAGCGUAGCGCAGCGUUGCGAGGAGCCGAGCAAGGCAAGGCGCUCCUUGUGCGGCGCCAAGACGGCGGCUUGGCUUCGCGAAGGAAGGACUUCUCGACCAGUGCAGUGAAGGGCCUGCCAGCAGUGCCAGCCCGCAGUGUCGUUGUCGUUUCGUUUUCGCGUGUGGUGGCUCCGCUGUCCGGGGAGGCAGCGCGCUGCGAGGUGUUGACUCAGCCCCGCCGUUGGCACCAUGUCGUCAACCUGAGCGCCUCGAGUGAGCCCAGCCGCUGCGGGCGCCAUGUGAUGGUCGACAAGUGCGAUGGGAACUUGAACGCUGGAGCGAGGCGAGCCCUACCCGCGCAACCCGCGCGAGUGCGAGUGAGUGAGCGAUGAUGGCGCAACGACAGGGGGGCUCGACCACGCGCGGCACACGCAGCACGCGAAGCUCGCGAAGCACGCGCACCAGGAUGAAGCUCCUUUGGAUAUUUGCCACCACGCUCGUGCUCGCCCAGCGCCUGCCCACAGGCGCGGCGCAGCUCAGCGACAACACCCCACCCGUGAUGCACAUCGACCGGGACUGGCUCAUCUCCGACGGCGAGCCCGUGGGCUCGGUGGUGACGCGGGUGCGCGCCGAGGACGCGGAGGGCGACCCGCUGUCCUUCGGGCUGGAGCCGCUGCUGCUGUACCCGCACCCGCAGGGCGAGCCGCCGCCCCCACUGCCCUUCACCAUCGACGAGACCUCCGGCGUGGUGCACACCAACGCCUCCCUCAAGGACCGGGGCGGCGAGCUGAUGCGGCUGUACGUGACGGUGUCUGACGGCAAGGUGACGGCCAAGAACGAGGUGGUCGUCAAAGUGACCAAGGGCCCCGUCUCGGGUGCGGGUGUCGGCGGCGGCGCGUCGCGGCGCCCUCCACGGCCGCCGGGCUUCCCGCCGCAGCUGCGGCCGCCGUCGUACCUGCCCUUCCCCACCAACUUCGUGCCGCCCGGCGUGCCGUCCGCGCCCAUCCACCCCGGCAUCCCCGUCGUCAACCCCGGGCCGCCGCCCAGCCUGCACGGCCUGCCCACCGGCACGCGCCCGCCGUUCCCCGGCACGGCCACCAGCCCCGCCGACAAGGGGCUGCUGGUGACGUCGCUGCUGGCCGUGCUGUGCAUCGGGCUGGUGCUGGCCGGCGUCCUGGUGCUGCUGCGGCGCCGCGUGUGCCCCAAGCGGCUCAGCAAGGCCACCAAGGAGGACCUGCACAAGGAGGCGAGCGGGCUCUCCAGCGGCAUGUCCAGCGCCCUGUCCAGCGGGCUGUCCAGUGGGCUGUCCGGCGAGGAGCCCAUGGCCAUGCAGCAGUGGCGCGGGCCGCGCGCCCCCAGCAACCGCUACGAGGGCUGGGACCGCGAAGGCGCCCACAUGGGCGCGGCGCUUGGCGGUGCAGGCCCCCCGGCACCCAUCAAGCCCAGGGACCGCUGGGAGUUCCCCCGGCACCGCCUGCAGGUCUUCGACAUCCUGGGCGAGGGCUGCUUCGGCCAGGUGUGGCGCUGCGAGGCCACGGACAUCGACGGCAAGGAGGGCAAGUCCACGGUGGCGGUCAAGACGCUCAAGGAGAACGCGGCCGAGAAGGAGCGAACCGACCUGCUGCAGGAGCUGGCCGUCAUGAAGACCCUGGAGCCCCACCCCAACGUGGUGCGCCUGCUGGGCUGCUGCACCGAGUCGGACCCCCUGUUCGUCAUCAUGGAGUUCGUGGCGCGUGGCAAGCUGCAGAGCUUCCUGCGCUCCUCCCGGGCGGAGCGCGACUACGGCAACCUGCACGGCCCGUCCAGGACGCUCACGUCCAGGGACCUCACGUCCUUCCUGUACCAGGUGGCCAAGGGCAUGGAGUUCCUGUCCUCGAAGGGGAUCAUCCAUCGCGACUUGGCGGCCAGGAACGUGCUGGUGGCGGAGGACCGCACCUGCAAGGUGGCGGACUUCGGCUUCGCGCGCGACCUCAUGGACAACAACGUGUACGAGCGCAAGUCCGAGGGCCGCCUGCCCAUCCGGUGGAUGGCUCCAGAGUCGCUGUACGACAACGUGUUCUCCGUCAAGAGCGACGUCUGGAGCUACGGGGUGCUCAUGUGGGAGGUGGUGACGCUGGGCAGCACGCCGUACCCGGGCAUGGGCGCGGCCGACGUGAUGCGGAAGGUGCGCGACGGCUACCGCCUGGACAAGCCGGAGCACUGCCGCCGCGAGCUGUACAACAUCAUGUACUACUGCUGGGACGGCAACGCCAACGAGCGCCCCUACUUCAACGAGCUGGUCACGCUCACCGAGCAGCUGCUGCUCACCGAGACGGACUACAUCGAGCUGGAGAGGUUCCCCGACCACUCCUACUACAACAUGGUGUCGCUGAGCGGCGAGAAGUUGUGACCCGGAGCUGCGCGGAGCUGCGCGCCGCGCCUGGAGAUGGGCCGUGCACAAAUUCCGUAACGCCCCAUCCAGCCUCGGUCCAGCCGCACCGCCUUCUUCAUGUUCCUGUGAUGUCGUCGCACCGGAGCGCCAGCUCCGCGCGCCUUCCCUGUCCGACCACUGUCCAAGUUUAUUUAAGUCGUGUGUUCUCUCAACUUGCUCUCGAAUUUUGGUGCACCGCGCCAAUCUUAUGUCGACGCAAGACCUUUUUGUGGUUUCUAGUCUAUACUGACACUCCCUUAAAAUUUGUGUGACUACAUUGUGUGAGUGAAUGUGUGUAUAGCGUGUAUGUGGUUGGUGACCAAAAAUAGACUUAAUACUCGUUGUUACGUAUUGAAUUAAGACUUGUAAAUGUACGGGGCCUCUGCAGGUUGGCUCAAAUACGUUUGAUCAAUUUUUUUAAUGAAACAGUCUGUAUUAUAUUUUGCGCAGGAGAAAGCGAGUAAUUUUCCCAAAUCAAAAAUCUUAUUGAUUGUUGCAUUGUGUAAGUGGCCUAUUUAUUUUUGUACACAAUAUUUAUCGACUUGUCAAUAACGACAAGUAUGCGUGUAGUAGUAAGAAGCUCAAGUUAAAGAAGGGUAAAGAGCGACCAUGGCAUUGUGUUAGAACGAGUAUUUAAGCGAAGACAUUCGUGAUGAAACUGUUUGAAAUGCCAUCCCUGUGAUAGUGACAUUUUUUUGUGGACUUUAUUAGAAAUAAGUGAUAAGUUAUUAUUAGUUAGCACUCCCAUCCAAACACAGUAGCAUGAGAGAGUGUUUUUGUACAAUGACCUGUAUAGAGUACUGUAAAUUAUUUUUGUUGUAUUUGUUACUUCCCGCGCUGUGUUUUGCAACUACUUUUCAAUAAAUGUUUAAACAUGGAUA